AUGAAUCCAAAUCACGCCAUAUCUACCGAGGGUAAUGACCCCCAAGCUGCGGCGGACCGUCUCGGUAAGCUUGUCAAUCAGAUGAUCAAGGAAUGUCCCGAUGCCACAAUCCUUGUUGCCAUGAUCGUCAACACGUGUGAUCCAAACCAGUCCGGCGCUACACAACAGUACCAAAGUCUUAUUCCAGGCAUAGCCAAGGAACGGCGAGAUGCCGGCCAUCAUGUCCUGGCGGUGGACUUCACGACCUUUGAAAAGAACAUGUUGCAAGAUUGUAUCCACCCUACCAAUGAAGGCUACCGGGUUUUGGGUGAUUAUUGGUACGACUUCAUUACCCAAAUUCCCAGGGACUGGAUCCAAGAUCCCGCAGGAAAAGACCCCGACCGGCAAGGUGGCAUCAACGAAAAUGGAGGACUGGACAAAAAUAUUCCCCCUCCGGACUGGGGAAAGAGUCCUGUGCAGAAGACCUCCAAAGAUUUCAUUCGCGACGCUUUUCGACGGGGUAACGGCAACACCCACGGAACCUGCAUAGGGAAACCUAGUUUUCGUGCAACUGGCCAGAUUGCCCUCGGGAUUGGGCAUAAUGGCGACUGGAAAUACCAGAAGUAUUGGACGGAAGCUGGAAAGCAAGAGUUUAUGACUGACGAAAUUACGAUGCAAGGCUACACGAUAUGA